AUGGAACAAGCAUAUGUGCGCUCAGCAUCAGAGGUGCUGAGUCACUUCCAUGUUACUGAAGCAGCCGGUCUGUCGUCUGCGCAAGUCGCGGAGUCCAGAAAACGAUAUGGAAGCAACUCUCUCCCAGAGGACCCUCCGACGCCCUUAUGGCAACUCGUUCUCGAACAAUUCAAAGACCAAUUAGUCCUCAUACUGUUAGGAUCGGCUGCUAUAUCUUUUGUCCUGGCCUUAUUUGAAGAGUCGGAUGACUGGACUGCAUUUGUUGACCCUGUGGUGAUCUUGACAAUCCUCGUUCUGAAUGCGAUCGUUGGGGUAACGCAAGAAAGCAGCGCUGAAAAGGCGAUUGCAGCCUUGCAGGAGUAUUCCGCAAACGAAGCGAAGGUGAUUCGGGAUGGGAGCGUCCAAAAGAUUAAGGCAGACGAACUUGUACCGGGAGACAUUGUUACUGUCGCCAUUGGAGAUCGGAUUCCGGCCGAUUGUCGACUGUUGUCAAUUCAAAGCAACAGUUUCGCAGUUGAUCAGGCUAUCUUGACCGGCGAAAGCGAGAGUGUGAGCAAGGAUUGCAAAGCCAUAGACGAUGUGCAGGCCGUCAAACAAGAUCAGGUCAACAUGCUCUUCUCUGGUACAACAGUGGUGACGGGACAUGCUACGGCUAUCGUCGUCCUUACUGGUAGUUCUACAGCGAUUGGCGACAUCCACGAGAGCAUUACUUCGCAGAUUUCGGAGCCCACGCCACUCAAGGAGAAACUGAACGAUUUUGGCGACACUCUGGCCAAGGUCAUUACAGUAAUCUGUAUUCUGGUGUGGUUGAUCAACAUCCAACAUUUCAAUGACCCUUCGCACGGUGGAAGUUGGGCCAAGGGUGCCAUUUACUAUCUGAAAAUCGCGGUAUCAUUGGGGGUUGCUGCAAUUCCAGAAGGUCUCGCCGUGGUCAUCACAACAUGUCUCGCCCUGGGGACGAGGAAAAUGGCGGCCAAGAAUGCCAUCGUUAGGAGUUUACCCUCCGUCGAGACCUUGGGUAGCUGCAGUGUGAUAUGCUCCGACAAAACCGGUACUCUCACGACCAACCAGAUGAGUGUCGAGAAGAUUGUCUAUCUAAACGAAUCUGGUGAUGACUUGGAGGAAAUCGAAGUCACAGGCACCACCUUUGCCCCGACUGGGGAUCUCAUCCGCAAUGGCAAGAAGCUUGACAAUCCCGCAAUCAGCUCAGACACCAUAAAGCAGAUGUCAGAAGUCCUGGCGCUCUGCAACGAGGCACAUCUGUCAUAUGACGCGAAGAACGACACCUAUGCCAGCAUUGGAGAACCUACCGAAGGAGCCCUCCGCGUCCUGGUUGAGAAGAUUGGCACUGAUGAUGCGGCGAUCAACAAAACUCGAGCCAAUUUGUCCGGUGCUGAGCGAGUAUACUUCGCCAGCAAGUACUAUGAGGAAAAGCUUCCUCUCCAGGCAAUGUAUGAGUUCUCGAGAGAUCGAAAAAGCAUGUCUGUCCUAGCUGGAACUGGCCUGGCCCAAAAGCUUCUUGUUAAGGGUGCCCCCGAAUCGAUCAUCGAACGCUGCUCUCAUGUCAUUUUGGGGUCAAACGGCAAGAAAGCCCCUAUCAACAAGCGGCAUCAGGCCCUCCUCGCUCAAGAGCUCGUUGCAUAUGGACGGCGUGGCCUUCGCGUGCUAGCACUGGCCAGCGUGGAAAACAUCGGCGGAAACAAGCUUCUGCAAACAGCGAAGAGCAACAAAGCGUAUGCUGAGUUGGAGCAGAACAUGACCUUGAUCGGACUUGUCGGCAUGCUCGACCCGCCUCGACCAGAAGUGGCUCAGUCGAUUAUGAAGUGCAGAGAAGCCGGGAUUCGGGUGAUUGUCAUAACCGGUGACAAUCAGAACACCGCUGAGACCAUCUGCAAACAUAUCGGCGUAUUCCAACAAGACGAAGAUCUCGUCGGCAAGAGCUUCACCGGCCGACAGUUUGACUCCCUCACGGAAAGCGAAAAGCUCGAAGCCGCCAAGACAGCGUCUCUAUUCUCCCGCGUCGAGCCCAGUCACAAGUCAAAGCUUGUCGAUCUCUUGCAGGAAGCUGGCGAAGUAGUGGCCAUGACAGGUGACGGCGUGAAUGACGCCCCUGCACUGAAGAAGUCUGACAUUGGAGUGGCCAUGGGCUCUGGCACGGACGUCGCCAAAUUGGCCGCUGACAUGGUGCUUGCGGACGACAACUUUGCCACAAUCGAACUCGCCAUUGAGGAAGGCCGCACCAUUUACAGCAACACCCAGCAGUUCAUCCGGUAUCUCAUCUCGUCCAACAUUGGCGAAGUCGUCUCGAUAUUCCUGACCGCAGCUCUGGGCUUACCGGAAGCAUUGAUCCCAGUCCAACUUCUCUGGGUGAAUCUGGUCACGGACGGUCUUCCGGCGACAGCCCUCUCAUUCAAUCCGGCUGACCACGACGUGAUGCGCCGGACCCCGCGAAAGCGCGAUGAGCCGCUCGUCUCGGGGUGGCUGUUCUUCCGAUAUAUGGUUAUUGGCACGUACGUGGGCGCCGCCACUGUCUUUGGCUACGUGUGGUGGUUCAUGCUCUAUCCCUCCGGCCCGCAAAUCAGCUUCACUCAGCUUCGGAGCUUCCACAAGUGCUCGUCAACAAACGCCAUCUUCGACAACGUCGACUGCGCCAUCUUUUCCCCAUCGUCGAUCCCGACACGCACUGCCUCGACAGUCUCCCUCUCCAUUCUGGUUGUGAUUGAGAUGUUCAAUGCAAUGAACGCCCUCAGCUCUUCGGAAAGCCUUGUGCAACUCCCGCUCUGGAAAAACAUGAAGCUCAUCUACGCGAUUUGUCUCUCGAUGAUUCUCCACUUUGCCAUUCUAUAUAUCCCGAUAUUGCAGGGGGUCUUCUCCAUUGAAGCUUUGGGGUGGGACGAGUGGAUGGCCGUGCUGUGGAUCUCGGCGCCUGUAAUUUUGAUUGACGAGGUCCUCAAGGCGAUCGAGAGGGCCGUCUAUGUCAAUUCCAAAUCCGAACGGCGGAGACGGGCUAGUAUCUCGGGUGGAAGCAGUGGGUUGAAAGGGCAAGGCAAUGGGGUCGUGGCAAAUGGCAAGAUGAAGGCAAACUGA